AGAGACCACCGGCUCCGGCUCCGGCUCCGGCUCCGCUGCACCAGACCCCUGGCCUGGGCUUUCCGCGCAGGACAGAACAUGAAGCUGAAGGAACUUGAGCGGCCAGCUGUCCAAGUGUGGAGCCCAGCUAGCCACUACCCUGUGUAUCUGGCCACAGGAACAUCUGCCCAGCAGCUAGACGCCUCCUUUAGUACAGAUGGCACAUUGGAAAUCUUUGAGGUUGAUUUCAGGGACCCCUCUCUGGACUUGAAACGCAAGGGAGUCCUUUCUCCCUCCAGCAGGUUUCACAAGCUGAUCUGGGGGAGCUUUGGCAACAGGCUUCUGGAAGGCUCCGGGGUUAUUGCAGGCGGCGGGGAUGAUGGCAUGCUUACUCUAUACAAUGUGACCCACAUCCUGUCUUCGGGAAAGGAGCCUGUGAUUACCCAGAUACAGAAGCACACGGGGACUGUCAGAGCCCUUGACUUUAAUCCUUUCCAGGGCAACCUCCUGGCCUCAGGGGCCAGUGAUUCAGAAAUCUUCAUUUGGGAUUUGAAUAACCUGAGUGUGCCAAUGACCCCAGGAUCCAAGUCACAGCCCCCUGAAGACAUCAAGGCACUCUCUUGGAACCGUCAAGUUCAACACGUUCUGUCUUCUGCUCACCCCAGCGGCAAGGCAGUCGUGUGGGAUCUCAGGAAGAAUGAAGCUAUCAUCAAAGUCAGUGAUCACAGCAACAGGAUGCACUGCUCAGGCCUGGCCUGGCACCCAGACAUAGCCACCCAGUUGGUGCUAUGUUCAGAAGAUGAUCGUCUUCCAGUAAUUCAUCUGUGGGACUUGCACUUUGCCUCCUCACCCCUGAAGGUGCUGGAGAGUCACAGCAGGGGGAACCUGUCAGUGUCAUGGAGUCAGGCUGAUGCUGAGCUACUGCUCAGUAGUGCCAAGGACAACCAGAUCUUGUGCUGGAACCUGGGGAGCAGCGAGGUGGUGUAUAAGCUACCCACACUGAGCAGCUGGUGCUUGGAUGUGCAGUGGUGCCCUCGGGACCCUCCAGUGUUCUCUGCUGCCUCCUUCGACGGCUGGAUCAGUUUAUACUCUGUGAUGGGUAGGAGCUGGGAAGUCCAGCAGAUGAGACAGGCUGACAAGAUCUCUUCUUCCUUUAGCAAAGUCCAGCGUCUCCCACCAUAGGUGCCAGAGCAAGUGGCCCAAGCAUCAUUGAUACCUCCCCUGAAAAAUCCCCAAUGGAUGAGAAGGCCAGCAGGUGUUUCAUUUGCUUUUGGGGGGAAGCUGGUUACCUUUGGCCUCCCCAGCACCCCUGCCCAUCAGGUGCCACAGCCUUGCCUCCACCUAGUCUUCAUCCGUCAGGUCACCACAGAACCUGAAUUCCUCAUGCGGUCAGCUGAGCUGCAGAAGGGCCUGGGAUCAGGAAAUCUCCUGAAUUACUGUCAGAACAAGAUCCAGCAAGCAUCACUGCAAAGCGAAAAGAUGCUCUGGCAGUUCCUGAAGGUGACCUUAGAGAAGGACUCCAGAAUGAAAUUCCUAAAACUAUUAGGAUACAAUAAAGAAGAACUUCAGAAGAAGGUGGCCACAUGGUGGAAGAGUGAUUUGGGGCUGGGUGAGAGCCCUCAGCCCAAGGGAGUUGACCUCAACAGUAACAGACAACAGGCCUUUUGCAUCCAGACCUCCAAACAUACCACCAAGGAAGCCUCUGCCUGCUCAACCUUCUUUGAUGAGCUGGUCCCUCAGGACAUGACUCCGUGGGAGAUCCCCAUCACAGAAGACACAGACGGACUCCUGAGCCAGGCUCUCCUGCUUGGAGAACUGGGCCCCGCUGGGGAGCUGUGUCUGAAGGAAGAGUGCUUUGCUGAUGCCAUCAUCCUGGCCCAGGCUGGGGGCGCAGAUCUGCUGAAGCAAACACAGGAGCACUACUUGGCCAAGAAGAAAACCAGAAUUGCCCCGCUGCUAGCCUGUGUUAUACAGAAGAAUUGGAAAGAUAUGGUAUGUGCCUGUAGCCUGAAGAACUGGAGAGAGGCUCUGGCCUUGCUACUGACAUACUCAGGGCCAGAGAAAUUCCCCGAGCUCUGUGACAUGCUGGGGACUCGCAUGGAGUAGGAGGGUGGCAGGACGCUAACCUCUGAAGCCAGACUCUGUUACGUGUGCUCAGGAAGUGUGGAGCGGCUGGCGGAGUGCUGGGCAAAAUGCCCCCUGGCUUCAUCCCCCAUGGCUCUACGGGACCUGAUGGAGAAGGUGAUGGUCCUUAACAGGAGCUUGAAGCUACUGCGGGGUCCUGAUGGGGUGAGCCCAGGCCCUGCCACAACCUACAGAAUCACUCAGUAUGCCAACCUCCUGGCAGCCCAGGGCAGCCUGGUCACUGCCAUGAGCUACCUACCCAGUGACAGUGCUCAGCCACCAAUUCAGCAGCUGAGAGGUCGGCUUUUUCAUGCCCAGGGUUCUGGUGUCUUGGGCCAGCAGUCUCCCCCUUUCCCCUUUCCCCGGGUUAUUGUGGGAGCUGCUCCCCACUCUCAAGAGACAUCAUCUCCCAGACUGGGAUUCCAGUCUUCCCACCAGGUUCUGGCUCCAUCUCCAAGGCCAAGGAUUUUUACACCUCCGUCAUCACUUGUGAUGCCCUUGACACCUUCCCGUCCUAGCCCUUAUCAGGGCUCCAGAAUGCAGAAUACAAGUGACUACAGGCCAUCUGGGUUCCAGGAAGCCCAGUCUUUGCCUGUGGUCCCUGGGGUAAGGCCUGCUUUAUCUCAGCCGCAGCUGUCAGGAGGGCAAAGGGUGCAAGCUCCUAACCCCGUGGGAUUCCUUGGAACAUGGCCUCUUCCUGGUCCACCCACAGCACCCCCAGACAUUAUGCAGGCUGGUUCUGCCUCCCUGCCUGAGACUCCUCAACGGCUCCCUCUGCUUCCUGUGAGAGCACCAGGCUUCAACCCUAUGAGCUCCCAGCCACCAGCCCCUCCUGUCACCUUCUCUGCAGCACACCCUCCAGGAGGGCCAGGUGCUCCAUGCACCGAUGUCUUCCCAACCACUGGCAUCUUGACUCCUCAGCCAGGACCUCAAGAUUCCUUGGAAAAUGCUCCAGUGCCCAGGGGAAACCUCCAGAGGAAAGAGUUGCCAGAGACAUUUAUGCCCCCAGCACCAAUUACUGCUCCAGUUAUGUGCCUCACCCCUGAGCCACGAGGGGUCCUUUCCUCACAGCCGCUCUCCCCAGUGUGUCAUGCUCCCCCUGGAGCCCCAGGAGAACUUAGCCUGUAGCAACUUCAGCGGCCACAUGCGAAGAUGGACAGGAAGGAGCUGCCCCCUGAACAUCAGUCCUUGAAUAUCAGUUUUGAGGCGCUUCUGCAGCGCUGCUCCCUGUCUGCCACUGAUGUAAAGACAAAACGGAAGCUGGAUGACGCAGCCCAACGUCUAGAAUGUCUGUAUGAGAAGCUCUGCGAAGGGGCACUCUCGCCUCCUGUCCUGGCUGGGCUCCACGAGGUUGCCCGGUGUGUGGAUGCAGGAAGCUUUGAGCGGGGCCUCGCUGUGCAUGCUCAGGUGGUGAGCUGCAGCAGCUUCAGCGAGGUCUCCAGCUUCAUGCCUGUCCUGAAGUCUGUCCUCACCAUCGCUCUUAAGCUACACAUCUAGACCAGGCAGCUCCUCUUGCCAGGAGGCCACUUCUACUGUUACUUAACUCCUUCCUGCAGGAAAGGGGAAUUUUGGAACAGAUUCCGUUUGUUUUUCCUAGCCCUCUUCCCUUGCUGCCAGGUAUUUGAUGCUGUAGGCUUGGCUCCCAACCAGCAGAGUGCCUGCUCUCCACCCCUUUAUGCGUGGCCCUCUGGGAUCUGCUCAGGGGUCUCUCAGCCUGUUCUUCUUCACUUUCCCUAAAACUGUACUCCAACAGGGCCUGGCGCAGUGUGUCUUCUCCCCCAGGGAUAUUCUAAGUGGCUUCUGAGAGGGUGAGCAGGAUCAUUAUUUCCAAGUCUACCUCGACUGUACCCAUCUUGUGGGUCUUUUGUCUUUCCCGUUCUGUGGGUUAUGAGCCUGACUUUACCUUUUCCUUGCCUCUGACUUCAUAUUUCCAGGUUCAUACUUCUCUGAGCCACAGAGGCUGGGGUAGAGUUGACUGCGGUUCACCCUUUGAACAAAUCAUACACAUGAGGGAUGGGUGCUGAGCACAAUGAAAAGAAGGAACUCAGACCCUUUUAAGAAGGGACCUCUCAACUGCCAGCAUUGUUAAGGAUGGGCUAGGUGAGGUGGAGGGUGGAUGGGAUACCUUUUGCUGAGAGCUGUCUUAGGCUAUGGGAUAGGAACAGAGGGACCACUACCUGUGGGGAGUGGCCCCUGACUCAGCCUGCCUGAUCCCUGGCCCAAGGCCUAGACCACUCAUUCUGUGAUUAGAAGCCAGGUUCUGGAAUAGGAGCCAUAUUAAUGAAAGAGUCUUCUAGCACUGUUCUUCAAGGCUUGGAGGCCCUCUUCCCCCAGCCCCACACUUCUCAGGGCUGCCUUCUCUGGCUGCGCUUUCAUGGUUGGACUCUGCAUUUGAAGCACUGAUGUACUUUAUGUGCAAUAAAGCGGCUUUAGUUUGGUUUCCUCUGUCAUCUCCCAAUUAUUAUCUCCUCUAGGUCCUAUUUUGCUCUUAUCUGUCUUCCCAGUCUUCUUUGUUCUUGUUCCCUAUACCCUAAUAAGACAGAGGAGAGGCUUGUGGACAGAUAGGAAGUCAGGCGAGUUGAAGAAAGGAGGUGGCACUGAAUUAGGCUCUCCUUGCAGCGUUUAUGGUCACUCUGCUGUGUGUGUGUGUCUCCAUCCGUGCCUGACAUUCAGCUUCAGGGUUUUCCCCACACCACUUCAGGGCUGAGCUCAGCUACACAAAAGGGGCUGGGUGUGAAGCCAGGGUUACGAUCUCUAAUCCUGUUGUAGAUCGCAUCAUGUCUGCGGGCUAGAUGUGUGUGUUUGGGAGGAAAGGAUUGUUAGGCAGUAUUUGUUUGUAAAGCCACUUGCUCUUCAGAUAAUACUUGCACUAACUUCUAUUGAUGAAGCAGUUUGAGCCCCAGCAAAGUCCUUUCCCAAAGUGUCUUUGAAGCCAAGAGCCCAUUGAAGGAAAGAAAGGCGGGGAGAGGGGAUUAGUUUGUUCAGCAGCUGUGAAUUUCAGUGGGAGGUUGAUGAACUCCGAAGUCUUUGUUUAAAUUAAAGGUGGGGAGAAAAAAGCCGCUGCUGGAGCGAGAGCCUCACUUGGGGCCCUGAACUAACACAAGGAGAAGUCUGAGCUGCGGGGAGCUGUGUACUGACUGCGAAGACUUUUCCCAAACACUUUUCGGGAAAGGUGUUAUGAGAAGAGAAGGGGGCGGAGUGGGGGAUUAGCAUGUGAAAUGAAGUUUUCAUUGACUCCGGUGGGGGUAGAAGGCUAUUUUAAUGGCAUUUUGUUCUCUUAUUUUCUCUUCUUGAGCUCUUUAGAGAUAUUGUUUUGCUAAGGCAGGCUUUCUUCCCCCUUCUUUCCAGUCUGCGGAUUGCCUCUAUGGGAGCCAACAUAAAUAUUUCUCCUCCAGGAAUGCGGGUUAAUUAAAAGGAAAUGAAUGAGUGGAAGCAUCCAAUCCAGACCCACAAUAGGCGAGUGCCCUGGCCUGCCCUUCCCUCCCACCACCACCAGCAACGCCAGCGCUGAGCACGACCCUGUCUCUGUCUUUGCCCUAACCUGCUGCUAAGGCCAGUUGAGGCUGCGAUUCUUUUCAAGAAAAGAAAGCCCUGCCUGUGUGUAGGCUCACAGGCUAGGGACAGGAAGGAGACAGUGUUUUGUCCCCUCCACCCAGCGUCCUUGUCACUUCUCAGGACCUCCCUCUGCUUCUGUCCCCUGGCUGAGACAGAUGGACUCCUAAAGAGCACACAAGAGGAGGGAAGGGGCCUGGGUUCCAGGACUCACCCCACGGUACCUUACUAGUUGGUGGAACAAGCCACACAUCUUUCUCAGCAUCAGUUUAAAUCUGUAAAACAGAAGGUUUCACUAGCUGACCUCGAAGGUGUCUUCCCAAGCGACCGGUCUGGUUGUCCACAUUUAUAAAGGGGAACACAGCACUGGUGAUAGAUUAUAAGAGAGAACCUAACACUCCAUGAAUGCAGGAGGUCAGUGUGUUGUUCACCACUGUAUUUCCACUCUGGUGUUCGUUGAAUGAAUAAAUGAAUGAAGAGGUAACGCAAGAGGGGGAAAAAGGCAAUCCAGAUCUAAGGUAGCUCAGUAUUUUUUUCUUUAUAGAUGCAAAUGAAUGCGGUACCAAUCAUAUCCAUUUGGGAAUACAAAACAAUAACGUAUGAAGGAACUUUCUGGCAGCAUGACAUGUUUCAAGUA